AUGGGGGAGGCUCCGGUGACGGAGCUGGAUGCGGUGCUGGGUGGCGGCAGCUGGGCCGUGGGGGUGAGCUUUGAGGGUCCCCCCCCACCCACCGGCCCCAUCCGCCUGGGGAGGAACGCCUGCUACGUCGUCCUGGCCGUGCUCUUCAACGAGGAGGAUGCGGUGCUGCUAGUACAGGAGGCCAAGCCCGAGUGCCGCGGGAGGUGGUACCUGCCGGCCGGGAGGAUGGAGCCCGGCGAAAGCAUCGUGGCCGCCAUGCGGAGGGAGGUGAAGGAGGAGACGGGGCUGGAGUGUGAACCCCUCACCUUGCUGGCGUUGGAGGAGAGGGGGCCGGGGUGGAUCCGCUUCGCCUUCCUCGCGCGCCCCACCGGCGGGACCUUGAAGACCCUGGAAGAGGCUGACGCCGAGUCCCUGCAAGCAGCGUGGUGGGCUGGGGACCCCUCCGCGCUGCCACUGCGAGCCCCAGACAUCCUGCCCUUGCUGGACCUCGCCGCCCGCUACCGCCGCAGCCCCCCGCACCCCCCCACGCUGCCGCAGGAGCUGCCCUGCGCCCUCAUCUGCUUGCGGCUCCUGGUGGCCUUCGCCAAUGAUGCUGGGGACCUUUGGGUGCUGCUGGGCACAGCUGGGACCCCCCACCUGCCCAUGGUGGCCUGUGGCAUGUCCCUGGCUGAGUUCCACGGGGGUCUUCGCCUGCCUGUGUUGCAGCUGCUGCGGGACUGCCUGCCGCCGGACCCCCACCCGGGACCCCUGGGGCUGCUGGGGCUGCAGCACCGGGCUGAAGGUCCUGGUGGGGCCGACGGUGUUUGCUUCAACAUGCUGCUGAGCAUCCCACCUGGCAGCCCCGGGGCUGCCCCUCCCGAGCCCCGAACCCCCACUUUCUGCUGGUGGCGUGUGGAGGAGGAGAGCCUGAGGGAGAGAAUCCUGCAGCGGCUCCGUGCUGCGGCCACGGUGCCUGUCCGUAGCUAGUGCCCGGUAAGCCCUGGCAGCCCGGCUUUGGGCAUGGGGGGGGGGUCUGGCCAGGACAUAUGGCCAUGGGGGUCCUGCUUGCAGUGCUGAAGCGGGGAGCCCUGGGAUGUGCUGCCUGUGGCCUGGGGGAUGUUCUGGGGCAGAGCACAGUGCCAGAGCAGAAAUAAACCCGGCUGCUGCUUCUUGCA